AUGUCUCGCCUGGAGUCUUUUGGGGGGUUCUCCCUCGGGGUUUUUGGGCUCUUUUUUCUCCUUUUUCCUCUCAUGGGGGGAAUGCUCCUGCUGGAAAUAGGUAUUUUUCCUGUUGCAAUUUUCAGUCGGGAUUUAGCUGCUGGGAUAAUGGGGGGAUACUGUCGGCUUAUCAUGCGGGCGUGCAUGUGGAUGGCUCGCACGGGGAAUCCGCAUGCUGUUGAAAUUGUUGGAUUUUCAGGUGCAAAUUCAGGUACUUUUUCAAAAAAUGAGUCUAUUAUCGUGGUGAGCAAUCACAUUUGCUCGUUUGACACGGUGCUUCUCUUCAUGGUUUCUGAUAGACUCGGGAAAAGUCCUCGUUUCGUGGCUAAGAGUGGGCUCCGGUGGAUUCCUGUCGUGGGCUGGGGGAUGCUCCUGUCGAACUAUCUCUUUGUAAAGAGGGCGUGGAGGGAGGACAGUGCCAGAAUGCGGAGAUGGUGCCAGAAUCAAAACUCAGCAGUCUCUUUGAUCCUGUACCCGGAGGGAUCUCGAUACACAGAGAAGAAAAGGGAAAAAUCCGCUGAAUUUUCUCGGAGGAAGAAUCUCCCGGUGCUAGAGAAUGUCCUGUUCCCGAGGACGAAGGGAUACAGUCUGUGCGUGGAGACGCUUCCUUCUCCCCCUUUUACGUCCGUUCUUAACGUGACUGUUGUAUACCUUGUUAACGGAGUGAAGAAAGACCCUCCCUCCCUCUGGAGAACUCUCCUUUGCAGGGUCCCAGGGACAUUUAAAGUCGUCCUGGAGAGGGCCCGAAUAGACGAAGCCCUGAAGAAGGAGAACUACCUUCUGGAGAAGUUCCAGGAGAAAGACAGGAUGAUAGAAGGGUACAAGAACAGGUAA